UUCGGUGGUCGAGUUCAAAUGGCUGUUUAAAGCUUAAUAAUAAGAGACGCUGUUAGUCAUGCGCGGUAGCCACUGACCACCAGGGGGCAGCAGCGUUCCGCCGCUAUCGCUGCGGGCUGUAAAUUAUAACCGGAAAACGACGAAGAAGUAAACUUCCGUGUUGUUAGCCGAGCAUGUUGUGUUUAAAUUCAACGACCGAGUUGUUGUUUAUCUAAAAAUACUUUAGUUUUGAAGCUUCCGUUAAUACUUUGGAUCUCUGACGAAAAUGUAAUUUCUGUACCUUCAGUGAAUCAUCUAUUUUCAGGGCCAGUUUCAGAGCCAUUACGUUGGUUUUAUAGUGGACUCAGAGGUUUGUGUUGACAUGUAGAGUUGCAUAUUGGCUGUUAAGUCGUUUCAAUGGGGAAAAGAAAAGACAUGAUUCAUCCCAGGUUUUUUUCCGGUGAAGGCAGCUCCAGCCUGCACAGCAUUCACAAACGGAAACAUAAAAAACACAAGAAGCACAAGAAGAAACACCACGGCUUUGCCGAGGCCCCGGAGCCCGAGCCCGUCCCAGUCCCUCGGCCCCCACCACAGCUGCGGCUCAAGAUCAAACUGGGAGGGCAGACACUGGGCACCAAGAGUGUUCCCACCUUCACCGUCCAUCCCGGUGUGGCCCGUCCUCCCUCACCAUUGAUGAUCAUUGAUAAAGAUGUAGAUAAUGAUGACGAUGACGAUGAGGAUGAUGAUGACGACGACGAUGAGCCCUCUGUUCCUCUGGAGCAGUAUCGAGCGUGGCUGGAUGAAGACAGCAACCUAGCGACAUCCCCUCUGCCAGACAUGGACUCAGACUCCAUGCUGGGUGUACCUGUGGACGAAGAGGAGAGGUGGCUGGACGCUCUGGAGAAGGGCGAGCUUGACGACAACGGAGAACUCAAGAAGGAGGUCGACGAGUCCCUGCUCACUGCUAGACAGAAAGCCCUGCUACACAAGCAGCAGAGUCAGCCUCUGCUGGAGCUGCCUAUGGGCUACAAGGAGAAAGAGAUGACCGCAGAGAUGAUGCAGAAGCGGGAGGAGCGAGCCCGGAAGAGGCGACUGCAGGCGGCCAAGAAGGCUGAAGAGAACAAGAACCAGACAAUAGAGAGACUAACAAAGACCAGCAAGGCCAAAAUCAAAAGCCUGAAAGAGAGGAAGACCAAGCUGAACCAGUGCCCCAUGGUCCGCUACAGCGAUUCAGCUCUGGGAAUCGCCAUCUCAUUCCCCUCAGGGGUCCCGGCUCCAGCCCCCGCACCUCCUCUUCCUCCCCCUCCACCCUCUCUGAACUGCGGGGUGAGCGGGUGCACCAACCUUAAGAAGUACUCUUGUUCGAAGACUGGGGUUCCUCUCUGCAGCCUCGAGUGUUACAAGAUAAACCUGCUGCUGGUGCAGAGCACAGCUUGAACGCCAGAGAGAACAUAUCUGUAAAGAUCAAGACGGGCUCUGGCCCAACUCCGUUUAUACUGCACAUAUGUGUGAUCAUGAAAACUGAAUAAAUGUGUAGUAUAGACACUGGUGGCCAUGCAGAUAUGAUUUGUACAUCUUCUGUUUUAUACCGAAUCAUUUGAGGAAUGAAGUUGCAGUGAAUCUUCAUCAGCAGACCUUCAUUUAUAGAUGUGCCAGGUCCAUGUGUUUUUAUUUAUUGCUAUUAAUUUGCAGCAUUGCUUAUUAAUCAAUCCAAUUGUAUAGUGCAUAAAGGAAGCUGUCAGGCAGAUAAUUCUCAAUAUUUUUCACUUCCAGAGCCACUCACUGCUCACAUCACACAAAGUAGAAACUACAAUGUAAUAAAAUGAAAUAUUGCCACUUUAUUGUAAACAAUUUAUAAUUUUUCCACAAUUUU